AUGCAAGCGUCACAGAAUUCAAGAAAGCCAGCAUGCGGUCGCCGUUCCGACUUGAAAGAGUCUUCUGAGUGGUGCCGGAAGCACACCACGCAUCCCACAAGUGGGAGGUUGCAUCGCCGCGCGGAGGCCAAGAGUGAGAUCCUUGAUGAACCUGUGGUGGCAUUUCAUGAAGCACCAGAAGAAGUUGAUGACGAUUUGAGGCAUCUCAAAGAGAUGAUCGAGAAUUGGAGCAUUACGGAGGCUUUCCCGCUCCCCAUCCAGCCUGUGUACCCGACUCUACGGCCGUCGGAGGAGGAAGGAAGACGACGAACUUGUCUUUGUUCCUCUCUUCCGACGGCCGUAACCAAUCAUCAUGUUCAGCCAUGA